ACUACAGGCUGGGACCGCAGGAAGGGGGGGCAGGUGUACUGCGUUCCUAUUGGUGGGAUGCUGGUGAGGCAGCCCGUGUCAGUGGGCGGCAGCGGCAGCUCGUACAUCUACGGCUUCAUGGACUCAAACUACAAACUCAGUAUGACCAAAGACCAGUGUCUGGAGCUCACCGCCUCAGCACUGUCUCUGGCGAUGGAGAGAGACGGGUCCAGCGGUGGAGUGGUGAGACUGGCCAGCAUCUCUGAGGAGGGAGUGGAGAGACGGGUCCUACUGGGAGACCAGCUGCCCAAGUUCUCUACUCACUAGAGACACACACACACACACUACACACUGAGGACACACACACACGGAGCUGUGGUCACGUUUUGUUGUCAAUAAAGUUUACAGUCCGUC